UCCGCAUCUGCGCAGUGUGCGGUGCGCACUGUAGGCGGCAGAGCCUCGGGAAAAAGUGCAAGCUGGUGGUAAAGAGACGAGGCGUCUCGCAGUUGUUGCCGCUCAGUGUGCUGUCAUCAAGCCGAGGAGAGAGAACGUGAAAAACUAGUUUUUAAGGAAUUUAAGUCUGGACAAGAAGACACCGAGGGGACCGACGCGGAAGGACAUGGCGACAUCCGGCCCGUGUGUUGUGAUCAGUGAUGAGGAGCAGGGCUAUGACCUGGAUCUCUUCUGCAUACCCAAGCACUAUGCGGCUGACUUGGAGCGGGUCUACAUCCCUCAUGGGCUCAUCUUGGAUAGGACGGAGAGACUGGCCAGAGAGAUCAUGAAGGAAAUGGGGGGGCACCACAUCGUGGCCCUCUGUGUGCUCAAAGGGGGCUACAAGUUUUUUGCAGACCUGCUGGACUACAUCAAGGCCCUGAACCGGAACAGCGACCGCUCCAUCCCAAUGACGGUGGACUUCAUCCGCCUCAAGAGCUACUGUAACGACCAGUCGACCGGAGAAAUCAAAGUGAUCGGUGGAGACGACCUGUCUACUCUGACAGGGAAGAACGUUCUGAUCGUGGAGGAUAUUAUCGACACGGGGAAGACCAUGAAAACGUUACUGCAGCUUCUCAAACAGUACAACCCCAAAAUGGUUAAAGUAGCAAGUUUGCUCGUGAAGAGAACGCCACGAAGUGUUGGAUACAGACCGGACUUCGUAGGUUUCGAGGUGCCCGAUAAAUUUGUGGUGGGAUACGCGCUAGACUACAACGAGUAUUUUCGAGAUCUGAAUCACAUCUGCGUCAUUAGUGAAACAGGGAAGGAGAAGUACAAGGCGUGAGGAGCUCUUCAUGUGCGCUUGUUUUGGGUUUGCGUUGCCAUUUAUUUCACAUUAAGUACUUGUGUC